AUGAAAUUUAAGAAUCCAAUUAAACGUUUCUACAAGCUGAGUAUUGUAGAAAAGUAUGAGAGUUUUGUCAAGUCAAAGCGUGUCUUUUUGGCAAUGUGUCUCGUAUUGACCAACUUGAUGGGAGGCCUCAUGUACGGCUACGCUCAAGGAACGGUUGGCGCGGCAUUGCAGUCUGCUAUUAGUGGGCUAUUGAUGACUAAUUCCGCAACUUCGAACAACAACUCUACAAGUUUGAAUCAACAAUUCACAACAUUGGAUGCUACUACUAUUAAACCUAAUCUCAAAUUCACAAUGGAAAAUAUUCAUUCGUUCUUUCCAUCCGUUGUGCAGACAUUUGUUGAAAACUUGAGCCCAGCGGUGGUUCACGCUGCUGGUAAUAAUCCCUCUGUACCAACAAGUCCUUUCGAUUUAGGAAAUUCCUUACUUCAAGGUCUGUAUGCCUCAAGUAUUUUCAUUGGAGGUUUGAUUGGUGCUGUCUUUGUCAUUCUCAUUGGAAAUUAUUUAGGUCGUAAAUUAUGCAUGAUUUUGUGUUGCAUGAUCUUUUCAAUUGGAUGUAUUGGUGCAAGUGCUUCAAAUUCUUAUGCUUCAUUGAUUGUUUUCAGAUGUAUCAUGGGUUUUGGUGCUGCCAUUUCAACUUCAGUGUGUUCCGUUUAUAUGGCUGAAUUGAUGCCAUUUGCAAAAUAUCAAGGUGUUUUGGGUGCCAUGUACAAUAUGGGCAUUGCUUCUGGAUCUGCAUUGGGAUAUGCAUUUGGAGCUAUUUUCUUAUUUACUUCUGAACAAUGGAGAGCUGUUCAUUCAUUGGGAAAUAUUUGCUCCAUCUUGCUUUUAACUCUUGUUCUCAUCAUUCCAGAAUCACCAAUGUUUGUAGAAAGUGGUAGCUCUAUGCUCGAUCAAAGCGAAAUUAAAGCUUACGAAAGCAGCGGCACUUCAUCAAUAGAUCCUGGCGUGUUGAAGAAGGAGAGAGACAUGACCUCAGAAAAUCAAGCUCGCAAUCAUUCUCCAACCACUACGACCGCUUCGACUAUCACAACAACAUCACUCUCUAGUACAAGUGAAUCACUAGAAAGCGGAACAUUGAAGUCUCGCAUGUCCUUCCUUGCAGCCUUAAGGAGAUUGUUUUGUUCAAAAGUUGUCAUUGCCAUGUUCAUUUCAAGCUUCUAUUGUUUUGCUAUUGAAUGGACUGGUAUUCAAAGUGCUACCUUAUUCAUUCCUUCCUUAUUGGAAUCUGCUGGCGUGAAGGAUGGCCUUGCUCAACAACUUGUUGCUUUUGGAGUAUUCGUUUGGGAAGUCAUUACCAUUAUUCCAUUCAUAUUUCUUGUGGACCGAUUUGGAAGAAAGACAAUUCUAAUAUUCGGAUUCACUGUAUCUACUCUCACAAAUUUAGCAGAAGGUUUCAUCUUUCAAUUUGCUCCCGAGGGUUCCACUGAGAGAAUAGUUUUAGCCUUAGUAUUCAUUGCACUCUAUCUCAUUGGUUUCAACAUUGGAAUUGGUUCAUUAACGUUCAUAUUGGAUCAUGAAGUAUUCAAUGGUGAGCAUGAACAAGUAGUGGUUUUGGGUACAUCGAUUGCUACCAUGGUAUUGUGGAGCUUCUCAAUCAUUUUGGCACUAUUCUUCAUUCCUGUUAUACAGGUUACAAGUCAAGCAGUUCCAUGGUUUGUCUUUUCUGGAAUUUCAUUUAUAGGCUUGUUGGUGACCAUCUUCUUAUUGAAAGAAACAUCUCCCUAUGUAUUGUCUAAAAGAAAGCAAGACGAAACAACUGCUAGCAGUAGUACUACUACCAGCCUUUCUCCUCAGAAAUCUGAGACCACAUCCGAAACCAAAUCCAGUAUAGAAAUGAAUGAUGUAAGGGAAGUCGUAGUGGCAGUCGUUUCUGCUUCGGCUGCUAUGGUCGAACCACAGGCUCAAGUCGCAGCAGCAUGUCAGUGUAAUCCGAAUGCUGUUGCAGACUCUGCACCCACUCAAUUGCCCAAGCAGUAG